AUGCCAAUGGUUCCUAGGAGCAGUAAAUGCAAUGGAAAGGAAGCUAACAGAGGAGCAUGGACAGCUGAAGAGGACCAAAAACUGGCUCAAGUCAUUGAAAUUCAUGGUCCAAAGAGGUGGAGAUCCAUUGCAGCCAAAGCAGGUCUGAAUAGAUGUGGCAAGAGUUGCAGAUGGUCUUUGAUAGCUGGAAGACUACCUGGAAGGACGGAUAAUGAGAUCAAGAACUACUGGAAUUCUCAUUUGAGCAAAAAAAUAAAGCAAAAUGAAAAGCCAGUAAGAAGCUCUACAUUACAAGAACAUGAACCAGAGAAAACUAAGGUACUGGAUAUGGAUAAUGUUGCCAUGGGAAGGGAGGAGGGUACUUCUAAGAGACUUGAGGCCUCAAAAUCGAGCUUUGUUGGGGAUGACUUCUUCGAUUUCUCCAAUGAGGAUCCUAUGAAUUUGGAAUGGAUGAGUAAAUUCUUUGAACUGGAUGAGACUUUGUACGACUUUCCAUGA